AUGGCCAUCUGGGACCGCAAGUCGUCCAUCUCUGCCUCCGAGCAGCAGCAUGGCGUCCAGGACAUGGAGAAAGCUCCCUACCAACUCGAGCAGUACGGCUCGCCCGAAUCUCCCAAAGUCGGUGGCCUCAGCGAGUCCGAAGACCCCAACCACAGCCUUCAUCGCGGCCUGCAAGCACGACAAGUCUCUAUGAUUGCAAUCGGUGGUGCCAUUGGGACUGGACUAAUCAUCGGCACUGGCUCUGCUCUCGCCAACACAGGUCCAGCCUCGAUCCUCAUCUCGUACUCGCUCGUUGGAAUGCUCGUCUACGUCGUCAUGGCCGCUCUGGGAGAGAUGGCGACCUGGCUGCCCGCUGCGGGUGGUUUCGCGGUCUACGCCGAUCGCUGGGUCGAUCCUGCUUUGGGCUUUGCGCUGGGUUACACGUACUGGUUCAAAUACAUCAUCACGACGCCCAAUCAGCUCACUGCGGCGGCUUUGGUCAUACAGUACUGGUUACCGAGAGAGCAGGUCAAUCCAGGAGUGUGGAUUACGGUGUUCCUGGUGGUCAUUAUUGUGAUCAACGUCCUGGGGAUCAAGUACUUUGGUGAGCUGGAGUUCUGGCUCAGUUCUAUCAAAGUCCUUGUUAUCAUUGGUUUGAUCAUCCUGUCGUUAGUCAUUGCCCUUGGUGGAGCGGACGGCGAUCGACGAGGCUUCAGGUACUGGAAUAACCCAGGGUCCUUCAACGAAUACGUUGGAACGGGUGCCACUGGACGCUUCACUGCCGUCUGGCAGAGUAUGGUGACUGCGGUCUUCGCAUAUCUCGGCACUGAGCUCGUUGGUGUAACUGUUGGCGAGGCACAAAACCCUAGGAAGAACAUCCCACGUGCGAUCAAGCUCACGUUCUGGCGUAUUGCCAUCUUCUAUAUCGUUUCUGUUAUCCUCCUGGGCAUGUGCGUGCCAUAUGACAGCGAGGAGUUGGUGUUUGCUACCAAGUCCAGCACUUCCGCUGCUGCUUCUCCGUUCGUUGCUGCUAUUAAGCUCGCAGGGAUUGAUGUCUUGCCUGGCUUCCUUAACGGCUGUAUCCUGAUCUUCGUCUUCAGCGCCGCCAACUCCGACCUCUAUAUCGCUUCUCGUACUCUCCAUGGACUGGCCUUGAAGAAGCACGCCCCAGAGUUCAUCGCCAUCACCAACAAGAGCGGAGUUCCCUACUACGCCCUUGGGAUCUCCGCCGCCAUCUGCUGCCUGGCGUACAUGAACGUCUCGAGUGCAUCGACCACCGUCUUCGGCUAUUUUGUCAACCUUGUCAGCAUCUUCGGUCUCCUAACUUGGAUCUCUAUCCUGGUUUCCCAUAUCUACUUCGUUAAGGCGAGGAGGGCUCAGGGCGUACACGACAAGAGCCAGGAGCUACGCUACAAGUCCCCCUUCGGUCUCUGGGGCAGCUACGUCGCACUCGCCUUCUGCUGUCUCAUUGCCAUCACGAAGAACUUCACCGUCUUCGUGCCGAACCCUGAGACAUACGGAAGCUUCGACUACAAGAACUUCAUCACCGGCUACCUCGGCAUCCCGCUCUACCUCAUCAUGAUCGCGGGCUACAAGCGUAUCAAGAAGACUCACCAGGUCAAACCCCAUGAGGCGGAUCUGUACACCGGCAAGGACGUGAUUGAUAGGGAUGAGCAGGAGUGGGUAGAAAAGGAGGCGGCGGAGAAGCCGGCUGGCAAGAAUGGAAGCUGGCUGUACCGCCAUUCUCUGGGGUAUAUAUUCUAG